AUGCGAAUUCCAAGAAUCGCCGCGCGACCGGGCCCUCGCAGUUUGGCAGGCGGCCAGGAUGCUGAAACGGUGGAACCGAAAACGCGUGCUGAAGGAACUCCGGACGGCCCGCGCGGCCCCGAGGCCGUCGAGGCAGCUGCGGAGCCAGCCAAAGUCGCCAAACAGUCUGCCUCCUCUGAGCGGCGGACUCUCGCCGGGUCGGUUCGUCACGGAGUGAAGGAUGCUCGCGCCGUCGUCGGCUUCUUUCGUGCGUUGACCGAGCUCGCGUUGCAGCCGCGCAGCGUUCACCAGCAGCGCCAGCAGCUCGCAGCGAACGGCGCCGCGAGAGGCGCGCGAGCCUGCAGCGUCGCCCAGUCGCUAUGCGUCGCUCCAGAGACGCACCUCGGUCUAAGUGGCGGGCGCGGAUGCGACGAAUCAGCUGAGAAAAGAGGCGCGUCGCGGCCCCCGGGGGAUGCGGGCGUGAGCGACGGGGCGAGCGCGAGGAGGAGCGGAGACGGCAGGUGGAGGCGGAGGAAGAGCUUCGCUCUGCGCCGCAGAAGAAGCGACGCCUCCUGCUGGCCGCAGGUCGACGCCAGCUGA